UUUGACGCAGUAUAAACCAUAUCGGAUUAUUUGGUGCAGUUUGACGCAGUAUAAACCAUAUCGGAUUAUUUGGGAUAGUCUGACGCAGUAUAAACCAUAUCGGAUUAUUUGGGAUAGUUUGACGCAGUAUAAACCAUAUCGGAUUAUUUGGGAUAGUUUGACGCAGUAUAAACCAUAUCGGAUUAUUUGGGAUAGUUUGACGCAGUAUAAACCAUAUCGGAUUAUUUGGGAUAGUUUGACGCAGUAUAAACCAUAUCGGAUUAUUUGGGAUAGUUUGACGCAGUAUAAACCAUAUCGGAUUAUUUGGGAUAGUUUGACGCAGUAUAAACCAUAUCGGAUUAUUUGGGAUAGUCUGACGCAGUAUAAACCAUAUCGGAUUAUUUGGGAUAGUCUGACGCAGUAUAAACCAUAUCGGAUUAUUUGGGAUAGUUUGACGCAGUAUAAACCAUAUCGGAUUAUUUGGGAUAGUUUGACGCAGUAUAAACCAUAUCGGAUUAUUUGGGAUAGUUUGACGCAGUAUAAACCAUAUCGGAUUAUUUGGGAUAGUCUGACGCAGUAUAAACCAUAUCGGAUUAUUUGGGAUAGUUUGACGCAGUAUAAACCAUAUCGGAUUAUUUGGGAUAGUUUGACGCAGUAUAAACCAUAUCGGAUUAUUUGGGAUAGUUUGACGCAGUAUAAACCAUAUCGGAUUAUUUGGGAUAGUUUGACGCAGUAUAAACCAUAUCGGAUUAUUUGGGAUAGUCUGACGCAGUAUAAACCAUAUCGGAUUAUUUGGGAUAGUUUGACGCAGUAUAAACCAUAUCGGAUUAUUUGGGAUAGUUUGACGCAGUAUAAACCAUAUCGGAUUAUUUGGGAUAGUUUGACGCAGUAUAAACCAUAUCGGAUUAUUUGGGAUAGUUUGACGCAGUAUAAACCAUAUCGGAUUAUUUGGGAUAGUUUGACGCAGUAUAAACCAUAUCGGAUUAUUUGGGAUAGUCUGACGCAGUAUAAACCAUAUCGGAUUAUUUGGGAUAGUUUGACGCAGUAUAAACCAUAUCGGAUUAUUUGGGAUAGUUUGACGCAGUAUAAACCAUAUCGGAUUAUUUGGGAUAGUUUGACGCAGUAUAAACCAUAUCGGAUUAUUUGGGAUAGUCUGACGCAGUAUAAACCAUAUCGGAUUAUUUGGGAUAGUUUGACGCAGUAUAAACCAUAUCGGAUUAUUUGGGAUAGUUUGACGCAGUAUAAACCAUAUCGGAUUAUUUGGGAUAGUCUGACGCAGUAUAAACCAUAUCGGAUUAUUUGGGAUAGUCUGACGCAGUAUAAACCAUAUCGGAUUAUUUGGGAUAGUUUGACGCAGUAUAAACCAUAUCGGAUUAUUUGGGAUAGUUUGACGCAGUAUAAACCAUAUCGGAUUAUUUGGGAUAGUUUGACGCAGUAUAAACCAUAUCGGAUUAUUUGGGAUAGUCUGACGCAGUAUAAACCAUAUCGGAUUAUUUGGGAUAGUCUGACGCAGUAUAAACCAUAUCGGAUUAUUUGGGAUAGUCUGACGCAGUAUAAACCAUAUCGGAUUAUUUGGGAUAGUUUGACGCAGUAUAAACCAUAUCGGAUUAUUUGGUGCAGUUUGACGCAGUAUAAACCAUAUCGGAUUAUUUGGGAUAGUCUGACGCAGUAUAAACCAUAUCGGAUUAUUUGGGAUAGUUUGACGCAGUAUAAACCAUAUCAGAUUAUUUGGGAUAGUCUGACGCAGUAUAAACCAUAUCGGAUUAUUUGGGAUAGUUUGACGCAGUAUAAACCAUAUCGGAUUAUUUGGGAUAGUUUGACGCAGUAUAAACCAUAUCGGAUUAUUUGGGAUAGUUUGACGCAGUAUAAACCAUAUCGGAUUAUUUGGGAUAGUCUGACGCAGUAUAAACCAUAUCGGAUUAUUUGGGAUAGUUUGACGCAGUAUAAACCAUAUCGGAUUAUUUGGUGCAGUUUGACGCAGUAUAAACCAUAUCGGAUUAUUUGGGAUAGUCUGACGCAGUAUAAACCAUAUCGGAUUAUUUGGGAUAGUUUGACGCAGUAUAAACCAUAUCGGAUUAUUUGGGAUAGUUUGACGCAGUAUAAACCAUAUCGGAUUAUUUGGGAUAGUUUGACGCAGUAUAAACCAUAUCGGAUUAUUUGGGAUAGUUUGACGCAGUAUAAACCAUAUCGGAUUAUUUGGGAUAGUUUGACGCAGUAUAAACCAUAUCGGAUUAUUUGGGAUAGUCUGACGCAGUAUAAACCAUAUCGGAUUAUUUGGGAUAGUUUGACGCAGUAUAAACCAUAUCGGAUUAUUUGGGAUAGUUUGACGCAGUAUAAACCAUAUCGGAUUAUUUGGGAUAGUUUGACGCAGUAUAAACCAUAUCGGAUUAUUUGGGAUAGUUUGACGCAGUAUAAACCAUAUCGGAUUAUUUGGGAUAGUUUGACGCAGUAUAAACCAUAUCGGAUUAUUUGGGAUAGUUUGACGCAGUAUAAACCAUAUCGGAUUAUUUGGGAUAGUUUGACGCAGUAUAAACCAUAUCGGAUUAUUUGGGAUAGUUUGACGCAGUAUAAACCAUAUCGGAUUAUUUGGGAUAGUCUGACGCAGUAUAAACCAUAUCGGAUUAUUUGGGAUAGUUUGACGCAGUAUAAACCAUAUCGGAUUAUUUGGGAUAGUUUGACGCAGUAUAAACCAUAUCGGAUUAUUUGGGAUAGUUUGACGCAGUAUAAACCAUAUCGGAUUAUUUGGGAUAGUCUGACGCAGUAUAAACCAUAUCGGAUUAUUUGGGAUAGUCUGACGCAGUAUAAACCAUAUCGGAUUAUUUGGGAUAGUUUGACGCAGUAUAAACCAUAUCGGAUUAUUUGGGAUAGUUUGACGCAGUAUAAACCAUAUCGGAUUAUUUGGGAUAGUUUGACGCAGUAUAAACCAUAUCGGAUUAUUUGGGAUAGUCUGACGCAGUAUAAACCAUAUCGGAUUAUUUGGGAUAGUUUGACGCAGUAUAAACCAUAUCGGAUUAUUUGGGAUAGUUUGACGCAGUAUAAACCAUAUCGGAUUAUUUGGGAUAGUUUGACGCAGUAUAAACCAUAUCGGAUUAUUUGGGAUAGUUUGACGCAGUAUAAACCAUAUCGGAUUAUUUGGGAUAGUUUGACGCAGUAUAAACCAUAUCGGAUUAUUUGGGAUAGUUUGACGCAGUAUAAACCAUAUCGGAUUAUUUGGGAUAGUUUGACGCAGUAUAAACCAUAUCGGAUUAUUUGGGAUAGUUUGACGCAGUAUAAACCAUAUCGGAUUAUUUGGGAUAGUUUGACGCAGUAUAAACCAUAUCGGAUUAUUUGGGAUAGUUUGACGCAGUAUAAACCAUAUCGGAUUAUUUGGGAUAGUUUGACGCAGUAUAAACCAUAUCGGAUUAUUUGGGAUAGUUUGACGCAGUAUAAACCAUAUCGGAUUAUUUGGGAUAGUUUGACGCAGUAUAAACCAUAUCGGAUUAUUUGGGAUAGUUUGACGCAGUAUAAACCAUAUCGGAUUAUUUGGGGUAGUUUGACGCAGUAUAAACCAUAUCGGAUUAUUUGGGAUAGUUUGAUGCAGUAUAAACCAUAUCGGAUUAUUUGA